GGGUAUAUAACUCUAUAUUUGUUCGCCGGGAUUCUCCCAUCAUUCCCCGCGAAACAAAUCUAUGUAACGUUACGUUGCCGUUUUGAGACGAUAACAGUCAACGUGAGCAGGGAGCUAGCUGCGUCGAGGCUCUGUGUGGAAACUUUGUGCUGAAACUUGACCUCCUCAAAACAAUGCAGGACUGUCGGACUUGACUUUUUGUGUGCACAUUCUCAAAUCGCAUUGUCUGGCAUGAAAACUAUGAAUGAAGUGGGCUGGCGUUCCCUCGGAGCCUUUGAUGAGCUGACAGACGAAAACUACAGAAGAUAACAAAAAGCAACAGAGGUUGUUCAUCUGUUGAAGACCAGUCACUUCCAGCUGCCGCCAUCAUGUCAGCAGACGCAGAGCCCAAACCUCCUCAGCUUGUGAAUCCCCCGCCUCCUGAGGUGACCAACCCCACCAAGCCGGGCCGGAGGACCAACCAGCUGCAGUUCAUGCAAAAUGUGGCGAUUAAAUCCCUGUGGCGGCACCAGUUUGCCUGGCCUUUUUACCAGCCUGUUGAUGCAGUCGCUCUUGGACUAUCAGAUUAUCAUACAAUAAUAACAUCUCCCAUGGACUUGGGAACCAUCAAGAAACGACUGGAGAACAACUACUAUUGGAGUGCAAGUGAAUGUUUGCAAGACUUCAACACCAUGUUCACCAACUGCUACAUAUAUAACAAGCCUACAGAUGACAUAGUGCUGAUGGCCCUCGCCUUGGAAAAGAUUUUCUUGCAAAAAGUCGCCCAGAUGCCACAGAAGGAAGUGGAGGUUCUUCCUAAUGCAGCAAAAGGAAAGGGCAAAAAAAGUAGCACUCCAGGGGGGCAGAAUGGACCUGCGACCACAUGUUCUUCGUCCACUACAACACCCACAUCUCAGCCCAGCCUCAGCCACACACCCUCCAGCUCAUCCUCAGUGCCCAAACACUCAUCACAGACCCCCCCAAAAACGGGGAUGAAGCGGAAGGAGGGGGCCGCCACAGAUUUGUCCUCAGCGGCCAUAACCACUUUGAGUGAUUUCUCGGAAAGCAAGAGGAAACGUAGAAACUCAGGCCGAGCCGUCAAUCCCUCUAGGAAGGACUCUGAAGAGAAGGAGUUCCCACAAGGACAGAGUAGGCUGAGCGAACAGCUCAAGUUCUGCAACGAUAUCCUGAAGGAGAUGCUGUCCAAGAAACAUGCAGCCUACGCGUGGCCUUUCUACAAGCCUGUCGACGCUGAGGCUCUGCAGCUACACGAUUACCAUGACAUCAUCAAACACCCCAUGGAUCUCAGCACUGUCCAAAAAAAGAUGGAUGGAGGGGAGUACCAGGAUGCACAAGGCUUCGCUGCAGACGUAAGGUUAAUUUUUUCCAAUUGCUACAAAUACAACCCUCAGCAUCAUGAAGUCGUCACUAAGGCCAGAAAACUUCAGGGCGUGUUCGAGAAGAGGUUUGCAAAGAUGCCAGAUGAGCCGGUGGAGUUGAUUUCCCCAGUGAGUCCUGUGCCCGCGAGGAGCGCAGGUUUUAGUGGGAUGAGUGUCAACAGCUCGUCCAACUUCGACAAAUCAGACUUAUCAGAGGAGCGUGCCACCCGACUUGCUGAGUUGCAAGAACAGGUGGGUGCAGAACAGCUAAAAGCUGUUCAUGAGCAGCUCACUGCACUCUCGGAAGUCCCUGUAAUUAAACCAAAGAAGAAAAAAGUGAAGGACACAAAAGAGGACAGCAGGCAAAAUGCCAGCUCAAGGCAGUCAUGGAAGAGAAGUAAAGACUGGGAUUCAGAUGAUGAAUGUCUGCCGAUGACGUACGACGAGAAGCACCAGCUGAGCCUGGACAUUAACCGGUUACCUGGCAUUAAACUGGGCCGCGUGGUGCAAAUCAUUCAAACAUUAGAGCCCACAAUGUGUGACGCAAACCCAGAUGAGAUCGAAAUCGACUUUGAGAUACUGAAGCCGUCCACUCUGCGUGAGCUGGAGAAAUACGUGAAGUCUUGUCUCUAUAAGAAGUUUAAGAAAUUUCAAAAGAAAAGUGGUCAAACUGCAUCUCGUCACGUCAGCUGCAGCAGUUCUUCAGAUUCUGUCACCAGCAGCUCCAGUGACUCCAGUUCAGAAAACUGACUUGUGACAACUGUGAUGUUUUUAUUUAUUUCUUAUUUUGUUUACCAAAAGAGAGAUCUUCAAAACUGUUUAACAUACUUAUUUUUGUAUUUGUUUUAUGUUCAAUAUGUGGAAAAUUAAACUUCCCACCUAGUGUCUUUGUAUUCAGUGUGGCUUUUCUCACUCUGUUUCUUCAUUACUCACAAUAUGGCCAUGAUCUGUGGAAGUUCAGGAGCAAGUUGAACAUUUCAAAGAUUAUAUUACGGUUAAAGGGAGAGAACAGGGUCUGUUAAAGGUAUUGUUGAGCAGAAAUGAACAGGAAGUUGUGUUGAAGCGUUUAAAGGUUGGUUGGUUAAAUGUGGAAAUGUAGGUGGCUGGUUGGACCUGGUCUGAAAACCUAAUACUUCUAUGGCUGGCCUUCAUUCUGCCUGUGUGCCAUGGCUGCUGUUUGAGAUACAAGUCAUGACAAAACACGAAUCAACUUACCAAAUCAUAUAUUCAUUGACUCACAAUGGAUUUAUGGUGUUUGGAAUAAUUACAGUGAAGCAAUUUGUAUUUCCUUUCCUUUAUUCCUUUUAUCAUUUUAUUGUAUUUAAAAGUUUAUUAUACAAUAUUAAAAUGUAUUUUCAUAUCACUUAAAA